AUUCAUACAGAGAAAACAACAGUACCUACUACUACUUCACUUCCAUCUCUCUCACCUCUCUCUCAGGUCCCCUAUACAUACACACAACUUCAAGUACAAUACUCUCUUCCCCUCUCUCUCUGUAUCUAACCACACAUAUAUAUGUUUUAAAUAUCUCAGCGACAGCGAUUGGCCACUAAAAGCCUUUCUUUCCUUCUCGCUUUGAGCUUCUCUCAGUCUCAGAUAUGGCUAUCUCGAUAACCGAGCUCGGUUAGGUUUAUAAACAUGUCUCUCUCCUGAUGGAUAAAGCCUUGUGUAAUCUCUCUCGCUUGCUAUUUGAUUGUUGAGCUACCUACCUACAUAGUCUACUUGCUUGAUUUGUGAUGAGUUUAAGUGAUUGGGUUAAUUUGAUAGAAAAAGGAUGAACAAGGUGAGUGAAGAGGUUGUUGAAGAUUGGGUUGGUGGAGGUGUUUAGGGUUUGGGGAGCUUUCUAAUUGUGUUUUAGCUUCAGGUUUAAGGCUUCUUAUUAUAGAUUAUUGGUGUUGUAUUAGUUUAAUUGUAAUCUUAAUUAUAGAGAAUGAAGCUUUCAACAUCAGGAUUAGGUCAGCAGUCUCAUGAAGAGAAGAAAUGUUUGAAUUCGGAGUUAUGGCAUGCCUGUGCUGGUCCCCUUGUGUCUCUGCCAACUGUGGGUAGCCGCGUGGUUUACUUCCCGCAGGGUCACAGCGAGCAGGUUGCUGCCACAACUAAUAAAGAAAUUGAUGGUCACAUUCCCAAUUAUCCAAACUUGUCUGCCCAACUGAUCUGCCAACUCCACAAUGUCACGAUGCAUGCGGAUGUUGAAACUGAUGAAGUAUAUGCUCAAAUGACUUUGCAGCCCUUGACGCCGCAAGAGCAAAAGGAUACAUAUCUUCCUGUUGAACUGGGAAUUCCAAGCAGGCAGCCGACAAAUUAUUUUUGCAAGACACUAACAGCCAGUGAUACGAGUACCCAUGGAGGUUUCUCUGUUCCUCGUCGGGCUGCAGAGAAAGUCUUUCCACCGCUGGAUUUCUCACAGCAGCCUCCAGCUCAGGAGUUGAUUGCUAGGGAUCUCCAUGAUGUUGAAUGGAAGUUUAGGCAUAUUUUCAGGGGACAGCCAAAACGGCAUCUCUUAACUACUGGCUGGAGUGUGUUUGUCAGUGCCAAAAGACUUGUUGCCGGGGAUUCUGUUCUGUUUAUCUGGAAUGAGAAAAAUCAGCUACUUCUAGGAAUUAGGCGUGCCACUAGACCGCAAACUGUGAUGCCAUCUUCUGUUCUUUCAAGUGAUAGCAUGCACAUCGGACUGCUUGCUGCUGCUGCUCAUGCAGCUGCCACUAAUAGUUGUUUCAAUAUUUUCUAUAACCCAAGGGCUAGUCCAUCUGAAUUUGUGAUAACUCUUUCCAAAUAUUUCAAAGCUGUACUUCACACACGUGUUUCUGUUGGUAUGCGAUUCCGGAUGCUUUUUGAAACUGAAGAAUCAAGUGUCCGUAGGUACAUGGGCACAAUCACUGGCAUUGGUGACCUGGAUCCCGUUCGCUGGCCAAAUUCUCACUGGCGAUCAGUCAAGGUUGGUUGGGAUGAAUCAACUGCAGGUGAUAGGCAACCACGGGUGUCUUUAUGGGAAAUUGAACCUUUAACUACAUUUCCCAUGUAUCCAUCAUUGUUUCCUCUUCGGUUAAAACGACCGUGGUAUCCAGGAGCCUCAUCUUUUCAAGAUAGCAGGGAUGAAGGCGUUAACAGCAUGGCGUGGUUGAGAGGUGAAAUGGGUGAGCAAGGACUUAAUUCGCUGAACUUUCAGUCUGCUGGUAUGAUUCCAUGGAUGCAGCAGAGGGUUGAUCCAACCUUUGCCCGUAACGAUCUCAACCAGCAGUAUCAAGCUAUGCUAGCAGCUGGAUUGCAGAAUUCAGGAGGUGGAGAUUCACUGAGACAGCCAUUUAUGCAGUUUCAACAGCCUGUCCAAUACCUCCAAGCUGUGGGUAGCCAUAAUCCAUUAUUGCAGCAGCAAUCACUUCAGCAAUCUGGUCCUCAUUUGCAUGGACAAAGCCACUUGCUUCCAGAAAGCCACCAUAGACAGUUGCAGCAACAAUCGAGCAACCGACCAACCGAGGAACAUCACAGUGCAUAUCCUGAGGCAUAUCUAAUUCAGAGUGAACUGCUCCAGCAGAGGCAACAAGCAAAUGUUCCUUCACCUUCAUAUCCAAAAAGUGACUUUUCAGAUGCAAACAGUAAAACUUCAGCAUCUAUAUCUCCCAAUAUGCAAAACAUGCUGGGGUCACUGAGUUCAGAGGGAAGUGGAAAUCUUAUGAAUUUCACCAGAAAUGGCCAGUCUAUGAUUGCUGAGCAACCAGCCCAGCAGUCAUGGGUCUCAAAGUUUGCUUCUUCGCAGGUCCAUACUUCUGCAUCAUUGUCUCUUCCUCCAUACCCUGGGAAAGCAGCCGCUGUUGAGCAAGAAAGUAGUAGCUUGGAUGCUCAGAAUCAGGCUCUUUUUGGUUCUAAUAUCGACUCUUCAGGGCUCCUGCUCCCCACUACUGUAUCUAGUCAUAAUACUUCUUCAAUUGAUGCUGAUAUUCCCUCGAUCCCAUUAGGAACAUCAGGGUUCCAUAAUUCACUUUACGGUUACAUGCAAGACUCAUCCGAGUUGUUGCAUAGUGCAGGACAUGUUGACCCACCAACCCCUAGCAGUACAUUUGUAAAGGUUUACAAAUCUGGGUCAGUUGGGAGGUCUUUGGACAUCACCCGCUUCAACAGCUACAACGAGUUGCGUGAGGAGCUGGGGCAGAUGUUCGCGAUCGAAGGUUUUCUUGAAGACCCUCAAAGAUCAGGCUGGCAGCUUGUAUUUGUCGACAGGGAGAAUGACGUACUUCUCCUUGGAGACGACCCUUGGGAGGCAUUUGUAAAUAAUGUCUGGUAUAUCAAAAUACUCUCCCCCGAGGAUGUUCAGAAGCUUGGGAAGCAAGAACUUGAAUCUUUCAACCAAAAUGCAGGUGAAAGAAUGAAUAGCAACGGAAAUGAUGAUAGAGACCUUCUCUGUGGACUACCCUCUCUGGGUUCACUGGAUUACUAAGAAUGUUGAAUGGUCUACCUUUCCAGAACUCUACUUCCCAAGAGUGCAAUAUUUCUUAUGUAGUUUGUCUUCCUAGUCUAGCAGUCGUUAUUUUUGGUCUUUGUGGCCUAUCCCCCAAGUCAUUAUUCCAUCAAGUGCUCUAUUUACUAGGACAUUCUUUCUAUGAAUGUGUAUGAUGAACUAUAGCUUUGAAGUUAAAGGUAUGUAUAAGUUUGGAAGAUACAAAGUGUUUAUUAGAGCUUUGCUCUUAAAAUAUUUGUUUAUGUGAGAUGAUAUAAAACUUUGAAGUUUAAAUA